GGUAGUAGCGCGGGGCGGGCAGUGUUGAGUCAGCCGUGGUGGAAGGUGUAACGCGAUUCGUCAAUCGUGGUGCUGCUUGCAGCGCCGUCCUUCCACUGCCACGCUUACAAACACAAUAUAUGAGGAUACUUAACGUGUGCCUAUAGUCUCGAAAGUGUGGUGUGAGGGUGCAGGAGUCCCGUGCCGUUUGUGUGUGUAUUAGUUUGUGUUUUAGGAUUUUGGUGUUUGUGUGGAGUGUGUGGGUGGGUGAGGAGCCCUUCUCUCGCCCGCAGUUACCGCCGCACCAACCAACCCUCCCCUCCACGCCCACCUCCCUACUACUACUACUACUAUUACUGUCGUCUAUACACCAACUAGUGCCGGAUUCAAACCUGUCAGGUUAUCCUCCGUUGUCCGUUACGGUGAACUAAGGUGACUGAUUUGUUCUAACUAGUGCGGCUGACUAAAGUAUUGAAGGUUGGUGGCGAGGCCGUUGUUCUAUUACCAUAGAUCGAAUAAAUAUAAGUGACUGCUCAAAAUGAGUGAGGUGGAGCAACAGAAGCAGCAGCAACCUCCUCCUCCCAUGAAUGGUGCAGCUACACAGGAGGAGGAGGUACGGCUAAUGACAGAGGAAGAACUUGAACGAGAAAAAAUGAGGCCCCCAGACAUCGACCAAGACAUGAAGGAAAUGGAAAGACGAAAACGAGUUGAAGCAAUAAUGAAUUCAAAUAUAUUCCGCGAAGAGUUGGAAAAGAUUGUGGAGUCGCAGUUGACCGAAGGUUAUUCUGGUUAUCAGGCAAUCCAGAAUAUUUCUGAAAUGAUGGGUAUUCCUGCAUCACGUAUAAACAUGUUCAGAGGUACCCAGAGUUUAAUCCCUAUCAACGACAUUAGAGGAAUGGAGGGCCUAGGAUAUGCUAAAGGAGAAAAACUACUUCGGUGUAAGCUGGCAUCUGUCUACAGACUUAUUGAUCUCCAUGGGUGGACUCAGAAUAUUUAUAAUCAUGUCACUGCCAGAAUUAGUCAAGACACAGAACAUUUUCUUCUUAAUCCCUUUGGGUUGCUUUACCAUGAAGUUACUGCAUCAUCAUUAGUUAAAGUCGACAUGCAAGGAAAUGUUGUUGAUGGGGGCUCUACAAAUUUUGGGGUGAACGUUGCAGGUUUUAUGCUGCACAGUGCCAUCCAUGCAGCAAGGCCUGAUAUUAGGUGCAUCAUACACUUGCAUCAUCCUGCUGUAGUAGCAGUUUCAGCUCUGAAGCAAGGCUUGUUGCCACUUUCCCAAGAGUCUCUUCUUGUUGGAGAUGUAUCUUAUCAUGACUACCAGGGCAUAUUUGUUAACCCUGAGGAAAAAGAAAAAUUAGCGCGAGAUCUUGGUCCAAUAAAUAAGGUCAUGUUGCUUCGAAAUCAUGGUGUGGUGUGCUGUGGUGAAACAAUUGAGGAAGCUUGGUACAAUGCUUAUCACACAGUCCUUGCUUGUGAGACACAAAUGCGUAUGGCACCUCUUGGUUUAGACAACCUAGUAUUAGUCGGUGAUGAAGCACGACAGAUGGCCUUUGAAACGGCACGGCGUGGUGGUGGUGGUGUUGAUAGUAAGCAGAGACGGUUACCAAGCUGUUUAGUAACACGGGAAGGUGGGGCUGAUGGCAAAGGUGUCAAGGAGCGCAAGUGGAAAGUCGGUGAAAUUGAAUUUGAGGCCCUAAUGAGGUCCCUUGAUAAUUCUGGCUUAAGAACGGGCUUCAUAUACCGCCGGCCACUGGUCAAACAGGAAACUUCAAGACUUCAGAGUGAUGUUGCACUCCCUCCCACUGCUUCUAACUACACACAUCUAUUUGAUGAAGAUGAUAUAACGAGAAGCCCUCUUAAGCGCAUACUUGAUGGCCGUAAGACACAAGACAAGACUCGAUGGCUGAACUCUCCUAAUGUGUAUCAGAAAGUGGAGGUCUUGGAAACUGGAACACCAGAUCCAAAGAAAAUCACCAAGUGGGUUGCUGACCAGUCUCCCACACAUUCAACCUCAACACCAGUCAAAUUGGAAUCGGCACUUCAGUUUGUUCCUAGUAAUACUGAUCCUAAGGAAUUCAAGACUGUUCAAAAAUUGAUUAAAGAAAACCGAAGAGUUGGCAGUAUAAGUGCUGGUCCAACAUCACAUCUCUUGGAGGGAGUAACUUGGGAUGAAGCCCGUCGCAUGCAAGAUGCAAGUAUGUCUGCUGCCACUGACCAUGUGAUACUUGUUGGUGCUGCAUCAAAAGGAAUUAUUCAACGUGAUUUCCAGCACAAUGCAGUUGUAUACAAGACACCAUAUGCGAAAAAUCCAUUUGAUAGCAUUACAGACAAGGAGCUUGAUGAAUAUCGUGAUUUGGUAGAACGUAAACAAAGAGGAGACCCAAUUGAAGAAAUUGAAAUAGAAAAAAUGAACAUCAUGCCCGAACGAGCGACGGUUGACGUUGUAGACGACUCGAUCCAAGAUUCCACUUUAAAUACAACAUCGCCAACUAGUCCUGCUUCUGAUCAAGAAGCCUCCAGUGCACGGGUGCUGAAGGUGGAAACCAAACAGGCGCCAAGAGCAAGUAAAGCACAGUCUGUCGUCUUAAGCGAUGAUGAAGAUGGCGUAAAGCAGCGUGAGCCAAGUCCCUCACUCGAGCGUUCCAAGUCUGCAUUUUAUAAGAGUGAAGUGGCAACUGAGAAACGGUCAGCACUGCAGCGUCGUUCCUGUUCUCUUCCCCGGAAAGUCUCACAGUUCCUUGGAUGGGGAGAGACAGUAGCCAAUGGUGAUGACACUGAAGCACAUCAUAGCACGCUCUCGCACAGUAGUAAAGAGGGAUCACCAACAAAAGACACCUCCCAAAAACAGAUGACUCCAUCUCAAAGGAAUAAGAAAAAGAAGAAGAAAGGUCUUCGCACCCCCAGCUUUCUUAAGAAGAAAAAGGAUAAGAAGAAGGAGAAAGAGGCUGCCCACCAUUAGUGCCCACAUUUUUCUCUUGAACUUCAACUC